UUGAGUGAGUGACUGCUCCAGGACUUAGUGGAAGACAAGGAGAAAAGCCAGACAGAAAGCAGGUGGGAAGCCUGGCCAGGUCUUCCAAUUCAGAAGGCAUGGGCCUUGUGCGCUGGGGGCUUCUGCUGGCCUGGCUGGGCUGCGGAGUCCUGCCUGGGGUCCGGGCUCAGUUUCCCCGUGUCUGCAUGACUUUGAGUGGUGUGCUGAAGAAAGAGUGCUGCCCGCCUCUGGGCUCUGAGUCAGCCAACAUCUGUGGCUCUCAAGAGGGCCGGGGGCAGUGCACAGAGGUGCAAACGGACACCAGGCCCUGGAGUGGCCCUUACGUUCUUCGAAACCAGGAUGACCGUGAGCAGUGGCCGAGAAAAUUCUUCAACCGGACAUGCAAGUGCACAGGGAACUUCGCCGGGUUUGACUGCGGAGGCUGCAGGUUCGGCUGGACCGGGCCCGGCUGCGACCGGAGGAGGCCUCCGGUCCAGCGGAGGGACAUCCACGCCCUGAGCGCCCAGGAGAGGGAGCAGUUCCUGAGCGCCUUGGACCUGGCCAAGCGCAGCGCCCACCCUGACUACGUCAUCACCACGCAGCACUGGCUGGGGCUGCUGGGGCCCGACGGAACGCAGCCCCAGGUCGCCAACUGCAGCGUGUACGACCUGUUCGUGUGGCUGCAUUACUAUUCUGUCCGGGACACGCUGUUAGGUCCGGGACGUCCCUACAAGGCCAUAGAUUUCUCUCAUCAAGGGCCUGCAUUUGUCACAUGGCACAGAUACCAUUUGCUGUGGCUGGAGAGAGAGCUCCAGAGACUCACUGGCAAUGAGUCCUUUGCUUUGCCCUACUGGAACUUUGCAACCGGGAAGAAUGAGUGUGAUGUGUGCACAGAUGACCUGCUUGGAGCAGCAAGGCUUGACGACCCAGCCCUGAUCAGUCAGGGCUCCAGGUUCUCCACCUGGGAGGUUGUGUGUGACAGCUUGGAUGACUACAACCGCCGGGUCACACUGUGUAAUGGAACCUAUGAAGGUCUGCUAAGAAGAAACAAAGUAGGAAGAAAUGGUGAGAAGCUGCCGACCUUAAAAAAUGUGCAAGAUUGCUUGUCUCUCCAGACGUUUGAUAACCCACCCUUCUUCCAGAACUCUACCUUCAGCUUCAGGAAUGCUCUGGAAGGGUUUGAUAAAGCUGACGGAACACUGGACUCUCAUGUCAUGAACCUUCAUAAUUUGGUUCACUCCUUUCUGAAUGGGACGAAUGCCUUACCACACUCAGCUGCCAAUGAUCCUGUUUUUGUGGUCCUCCACUCCUUUACGGACGCCAUCUUCGACGAGUGGCUGAGAAAAAACAACCCUCCCACAGAUGCCUGGCCCCAGGAGCUGGCACCAAUCGGUCACAAUCGGAUGUAUAACAUGGUUCCCUUCUUUCCACCAGUGACUAAUGAGGAACUCUUCUUACCCGCAGACCAGCUUGGCUACAGUUACGCCGUUGAUCUGUCAGUGCAAGAAGCUCCAGUUUGGACCACAACCCUCUCGGUGGUCACCGGAACACUGGGAACUUUCUUCUGUGUCUUGGGGCUGCUGGCUUUCCUCCAAUACAGGAGGCUUCGAAAGGGAUACGCACCCUUAAUGGAGACGGGUCUAAGUGGCAAGAGAUACACAGAGGAGGCCUAGUGUGCCCUGGGGAGGAGGCUGCCCAGUCCUGAGCUAGGCAGUCACUCAGCACGUGCUCACUGACCUUGGUGAAAUUCUCCAACAUGUGCCGCCCAACAGAAGUUACUUAGCUGUAGUUGCUGCUUUGCUUAUUACACACACACACACACACACACACACACACACACACACACACACGCAAAAUGCUUGGGUCUGUCACCAUCAUCAAAGUAAGAUGUGGCUAGUUAUCUAUGACCUUUGAUU